AUGGUGGUGAUCCUUGCCGCUUCAGAAAAGAUGAAGCUCAAUGACAUGGAAACGUUUGCCCAGUUGAGUACAUCGAGUUUGAAAAGCGGAGUCCCGACAGAAAAGGCUAAGCUGCAUGGAGUCUCAAGAAAUGUGAAGACGAACAACGGUAGACAGACAGCAGCCUUACGUCUCGGCCCAAUGCUACUACAAACACCGUUUGAGAUUCUUGAAAAUAACGAUUCAAAAGCCUUGCCUGUUAUUGGAAUAGAUGUCUUACGGAGGUGUAGGUGUGUGAUCGAUAUGGACCGGUCCCUUCUUACGAUAGGUGGGGAUCUUGGCGGCGCCAUCCCCCUCCUUUCAGAAGACGAUGUUUUCCACGAUUCCAGAUUGGUACGGUCCAAGUCCUCCUUAAUCUGACAUUCGAGACGAUUGUGACGAUACCAUUUUGCCCAACGUGGGUGCGCUCAAUUUGAAUUGGCAUUCGCUUGAGGAACUGAAUUUGUCUGCAUGAAUCGGACACAGUCCUCAGAGAAUUAAUGGAAUCAGUUGCUCUUGAAAAGUGGAUUCAACUAUCUUAUCGAUGUCAUGAAGCUGGGGAAAUUCUAAGUUUUGCACUUAACAUGAAAUCAUACUGUCUUUUAAUAUGUACAGUGGUGCUAAAUAGUGACCAGAAAAUGAACACAUUUUAAGUUCUGCCAUGUUUUAGAUACUUAAUUGUGAAGUAAGGUGAUAAAAUAUUACAUCCAAUAAAGUGUGUUUCUCUGGGCACGCCGAACAUUGUAGUGUUGUGGUCUCCAUUCAACACUCAGCAUGAAGGAGUGCAUUUUGUGGUGGGGCUCACUAACUUUUUAGCACAACUGGGGCCCGUUGCAGAAAGAGUUGCGAUCAAACGCAACUCAAAAAAUCUUGCGCAACUUGAUUUUCAGCCAAUGAGGCACCCGUAUUUGGGACUUGCGCUUGAUAUUUUGACUUGCGUUUAAACGCAGCUCUUUCUGCAACAGGCCCCUGUACAUGUACAUGUUUUUAGAGAGGAAAGGGAUAUAUGUAGUCUGCUGUGCCAACCCUUCAUUCGAGUUAAGGGUCUGAAUGUGCAACCUACUCAUGCCUUGUGGACUGAAGGCCCUCUCGCUGAAUUGAAACGGCAAGUUUUGUAUGUGCUAGUCUUUGCGUGGGGAUGCACUUGCUGAUCAAAGUUUCGAUCAGGGUCUGUGUGUGCAGACUAGGAUAUAUGUACGUUGCGUGAUUUUUGUGAUGGUUUUAAAAACAACAAAGUACAUGUAUUGUGUUUUUGUGUAUUAUUUUAUAUUGUCAUGUUUUAUAAAAAAAAAUUCAGUCUCUUUCAACAUAAUUCUGCAUGGUUACAAAUAAAUAUACAGUUAGUGUACUUCUAAAAUGGAUUUUGGAGACCAGAGAACAAGAGAGA